CCUUCCGGCACAGCGCGGGCACCGCGGACACCCGAUUCCUCACCGGGCAGGCGAGGCCCGGCGGCUUCGACCCCGUCUACAACAGCACCAAACUGAUGAACGUCCUCUUCACCGCCGAGCUGGCGCAGCGCCUGCAGGGCACGGGGGUGACCGCCAACAGCCUGAACCCCGGCGUGGUGAGCACCGGCAUCAUGCGCAACUUCAGCUGGGUGAUGCGCGGCCUCUUCUUCCUCAUCAGCCCCUUCAUUAAGUCGGCGGAGCAGGGGGCCGUCAGCACCAUUUACUGCGCCGUCUCGGAGGAGGUCUCGGGCAUCUCAGGGAAAUAUUUCGACAGCGACUGCAGCCUCACGCUGCCCUCCGCGGCCGCCCGGGACGCCGGGCUGGCCCGCAAGCUUUGGGAGGAGUCGGAGCGGCUGACGGGGCUGAGCUCAUAGGGUGGGCGGCGCCGAGACCCCUCCCCGGGUAGGAGCCGCGGCGGGGCAGAGACGGAGCGAUCGGCCGCGGUGUAAGCGCUUUAUUAAAGGCCUCGGUGUGAGCGUUA